ACACCUUUCCUUCAAUUUUCUCAACUAACUUGGAAUCUUUGCUAUAAAUAGCAAUGCUUCUCACCACAAUAUAAUACACUUCAUAUAUCACACAGAAAUGGAAACCACAGCCACCACAGCUGCCACCGAAACCACCGUUCACGGCGGAGCUACGCUUCACUCCGUCGUAGUGAAACCACUACAGCUCAUCCUCAACCGUGCAUUUGCACUUAUUUACCUUUUUGCCAUCCUUGCUCUUUUCUACUACCACAUACAAAAACUUCUAUAUUCCUCCACUAAUUAUUCCUUUAUCACUUUCUUCAUUUAUAUUUCUAUUAUACUUUCCGAUUUAAUUUUAGCUUUCAUGUGAUCAACUACUCAAUCGUUUCGUAUGCGUCCUAUCACGCGUAAACAAUGUCCCCAAAAAAUAAAAAAGUAUAGUAACAAUAAUUUACCAGCACUCGAUAUAUUUAUUUGCACAGCGAAUCCUUAUAAGGAACCUCCAUUAAACGUUGUUAACACAGCGUUAUCAGUUAUGGCAUAUGAUUAUUAUCCUAUCGAAAAACUUUCAGUUUAUUUAUCGGAUGAUGGAGGAUCAGAGCUUACGUUGUUUGCUUUUAUGGAAGCUGCAAAAUUUGCUGUGUAUUGGUUGCCAUUUUGUAGGGAAAAUAAUAUAAUUGAAAGGUGUCCUGAUGCAUAUUUCAGUUCGAGUUACACAGAAAAUUCUGAGACACAGAAAAUUAAGCUGAUGUACGAAAGCAUGAAGACAAGGAUAGAAAAUGUGAUAGAGAGGGGAAAAGUUGAUGAAGAUUAUAUUAACAACGAUGAAGAGCUUCAAGAUUUUACAAAAUUUUCGAUUGCUGGAUUUACUCGUCAUAAUCACCCUUCUAUUGUUCAGGUUUUGUUAGAAAGUGGGAAAGACAAAGACAUAACAGGUCAUGGGAUGCCAAAUCUUAUAUAUCUUUCAAGAGAAAAAAACAAAAGUUCCCCUCAUCAUUUUAAAGCAGGUGCCCUCAAUGCUUUGCUUCGAGUAUCGGGAAUUAUGACAAAUGCACCAAUAAUA